AGUUGUUGUUCCAGCCCAGGCUUUCUACAUGUUAUUCCUGGACUAACAAAACCUUGAAGUGCUGCUUGCCCUGCAAUACCAAAUUUAUGGAUGAGGAGACAACUUCAGUCUGCCAGUAUGUUCUUGAGGAAGAAGUGCAGAUAUGGAUCACGUAAGCUGCAGUUUCUCUUGUUGUUGCUGAUGCUGGGCUUUUUGCUUCUGAUGGUUACAACGCUGAAUCCACCACCCAGCAACCAGAGCAAGGAAGGGACUUUCCAGCCUGUGGAGUUCAACCCCCGGGAAGGCUAUCAGGUGGACUUUGCGGAGACCCAAGAGAUGCUGGAGACCCAGGAGGAGAGCCAGCAGUAUUACCCUUUGGAUGGGCUAUCACCUUUCAUCUCCCUGCGGGAGGACGAGUUGAUCGUGGCCGUCGUGUCCCCCACCGGCAAAAGGAACCACAGCAAGGCCAGGAAGGGCUAUCGGGUAGUGAAGCAGCAGAGCAGGCGGCCGGAGGGGAAGGCAGAGGGAGACCCCGAGUCCCAGCUCCUGCCCCUUCCUCUGCAGGCUGCAGGGGAGCUCGGCCUGGACACCCAUGGCUUUAACGAAGCGCUCAGUGAGCGGAUCUCUCUGCGCAGGGAGCUGCCUGAGGUACGACACCCGUUGUGCCUACAGCAAGAAUAUGAUUCCAAUCUGCCUACUGCCAGUGUCAUCAUCUGUUUCCAUGAUGAAGCCUGGUCUACUCUGCUGAGAACUGUGCACAGCAUUAUGGACACAGCUCCAAAGGCAUCCCUCAAGGAUAUCAUCCUGGUUGAUGAUCUCAGCCAGCAAGGGCCCCUGAAAUCAGCUCUGAGUGAAUAUAUUUCUAAGCUGGAUGGUGUGAAACUCAUCCGGAGCAACAAGAGGCUUGGAGUCAUCCGAGGUCGGAUGCUAGGAGCUGCACGGGCAACCGGAGAUGUGCUCAUCUUCAUGGAUUCACACUGCGAGUGUCAGAAGGGUUGGCUGGAACCCCUCUUAGCCAGGCUGUCCAGCAAUCGAAACAGUGUCGUCUCCCCUGUCAUAGAUGUCAUAGACUGGAAGACUUUUCAGUACUAUCACUCGAUGGGCCUGCAUCGAGGUGUUUUUGAUUGGAAACUAAAUUUUCAUUGGGAACCAGUGCCAGAGCACGAAGAGAAGGUACGACAGUCUCCCAUCAGCCCUAUCAGGAGUCCUGUGGUAGCUGGUGCAGUGGUGGCCAUGGAUCGACACUACUUCCAAAACAUUGGAGCUUAUGACUCUGACAUGACCACAUGGGGAGCAGAAAAUCUGGAGCUAUCUAUAAGGACCUGGCUCUGUGGUGGUUCUGUAGAAAUUAUUCCAUGCUCCCGAGUUGGGCAUGUCUAUCGAAAUCACUUUCCCCCUGCUUUCUCCUAUGAAGAUGCCAUUGUGAGGAACAAAAUCCGAAUAGCAGAGACCUGGCUGGGCCCUUUUAAAGAGAACUUCUACAAACACGACACAGGGGCUUUCUUAAUCAGCAAGGCAGAGAAGCCAGACUGCAGUGAACGCCUUCAGCUACAAAAGAGACUGGGCUGUAGAAAUUUCCAGUGGUUUGUAUCAAAUGUGUACCCUGAGCUCUCCCAACCUGAAGACACACCAGGAUUCUCUGGCAGGCUUUACAAUACUGGUGUUGGCUUCUGUGCAGAUUACAGACCUGGAAGAGCCAUUGCAGAAGGCUCUAUUGAACUCUUCCCUUGCAGUGACAGUCUAACCCAGCACUUUGAAUAUAACAGCAUGAAGGAAAUCCGGCUUGGUUCUGCUCCACUGUUUUGCUUAGAUGUCAGACAUGGGAAGGUUAUCCCUCAAAACUGUACAAAGGAGACAGACAACAGUCAACAACACUGGGAUGUCCAGGAGAAUGGAAUGAUUGUCCACGUCCUUUCUGGCAAAUGCAUAGAAGCAGCAAAGAGUGAAGAUGAGAAGGACUUGGUUUUGUCUGCAUGUAACAAGAAUGCCUAUCAGAACAACUCUUCAGGAAACUUUUUGUGGACUAUGGAAGAUGAUUGAGCUAGAUUAGAAAGAAGGGUAAGAACUUCCCUGUUUAUUUUGAAAUGGAAAGUUAUCAGUGUCAUUCAUUUGCUCUUAUAUAGCUACAGUGACAGAAGUGCUGGCUGAAAACACCAAAUUAAGGGAAAGAGACUGUUUCAAUAGUGGCUACCUAAGAAGAAAAUACUGGUGCCUACUUCCACUUCUUGCAGCAUGAGUUAAGUCUCUCACACUGUAAAGGGUAAGGGCAUCAUUAACAAAGCUUAAUUUGGUUUUGAGACUUUUUUUCAAGAGACAGAUUAUUUUUUUUAAUGUUUGAAUGUUAAGAGAAAGGAAGAACAGCAGAAUACCCUGCUCAGAGCCUUCCAGUCACUUGCUCUUGUUAAAUAGUAAUAAAUAGGUUUCAGGCAUAUAAAACUGAUUAUGACAGAAGACACGAACAGCAUUCUGCGUUGUGUUGCCCAAAACAUUUCCCAGUGGAGUCUCUGUUUGAGUGCUACAGAUUCUACACCAUGUUCAGGCAUUGCUCCAAUCAUCCUAAUUACCACUUACUCUUUGAUAGCAUCAGGAUCUAGUACCAUUUGCUGCUGUGUCAUUUACAGUUUCCUGUGAUAUUCUUGACAAUGCUUCAACUUUCAGCUGAAAGGAUGGUAGCAACUUCUUCCAGAACCCCAAGUGACCCCUGAUCAUUGCCCAAACCGAGGGUAAGAAAAGAGAACUUCUAAAAUGGCAUAAAAGCUGAGUGAAAUGCUGGUUUAUUGACAUGUGAUUCCUUUGUUUUAAAUUAUAAGUAUGCCAGAUUUUUAAAUUAUGUAUUAUUUAUUCUAUUUUGGAUUCUACACUGGGGAUAUCAUUCCUUCAGCAUUUAGCUUAAUGUUAAAAUAUGUGUAUACAAAUAUGAUCACUGAUAACAAGGGGGAUUUAUCACAAAGAAUAUUUUUUGUUUUGAGAGGAAAUCUUUGGAAUUAAACUGAAGAGAUAUGGACAUCCUGUACUGCUUUUUAACACAAUGAUCAAAACCUAUAAAGUAAGGUUUGCUGUAGAUAUAUGUACAAUAGAAAAGUAUGUUACAUUAUACCUCUUCCAACAAUAAAAUGAAAAUAUAUGGUUUGGUACCAUUUAAAAAAUACUUGGGUUUUAUACUUGUUGCUUUUAGUA